AUGGAAGAGGUAUUCACCCAGUUGACUAUCUAUGCUAUUGAAGAUGAAACGGAGCUUGAACAAGAAGGGUGGGUCUAUCUUUAUCCGUCAAAUUAUGAGCUGAACAAUUGGAAUACCAUUGAAAUGUCUUUUAAUCUUGAGACCAAUCCAAUGCGAGAAUACGCAAAAGGAAAGACGGAUGGUGAAAAAGAAGGUGAUGAUGAGCACAAGGGUCGGGAGCAAUCAAAUGUUGAAGCUAAAGGAAAGACUGAUGGUGAGGAAAAGGAAAAUUCUGAGGACGUGACUAAAGAUAAAGAUAAUGCACAGGACUCGGUCACGACACGAUCGCCGCCAACAACAAUGGGGAACAAUGGCUUCCGGUUUGAAGAAUGCGAUUCAUCUAACAUUAUGUGUAUGGAUAAGAAUAAAAGGUUUGCUGCAGGUUUGCUAGUCCCAGGAAAUGAAUCUCCACAUCCAGCACUUUUGAUUCAGAACAAGGGAAAGGGACCUCUUAGCAUUAAAAUUUCUGCUCCUGCUUUUGUUCAGUUAGAGGAAACAGAUGUUGAACUCCAAAAGAAGCAAGACAAAAAGGUAAAGGUCUACAUAACAAAUUCUGGAACAGAGAACUUGAUUAUCUUAAGGGAUGGCAGUGGAAAGUGCAGUCUUGAUUUCAAGGAUUUGAUUGUGCAUAAUUCUGCCGAGCCCUAUGUAAGCUUCUUGUCAAAAACCCUUACAACUGUCUUUUUAUUCGUUGCCACUACACCGACACUAACCUCAGGUUGGAUGUGCAUGAGCUUUAGGCGGAUAGUGCUUACAAGAAGUGGCUUGAAAUACCAAAGGCUAACAUGCAGCUGCCUGUAUUUGGCGGGGCAAAAACAGAGCCAGAUGAUAACGAUGGAUUGGAUAAGAGCUGAGGUGAUAAUUGAUUGGUAUGAUAAGAAGGCACCUAUGACACCCUUAAUGCCUGUAACUCGGAGCCUCUCCUCCUUAGACCUUCCCUCGCGACCGUUGAGUAAGGAGGGAUGCAAGGACUAG